CAAUUUGUGACGUUUGUGUUUUCUUUGUUCGAUUUGGGAUAUUUUUUUUUCAAAAAUAAAGUAAGUUCAAGACUUAUGCUUACGUAUUGUUGGUUUUAUUAUUUGGUGUAAGUAUGUUGUGAUAGCAGUGAUUAAUCCAAAGUAAGCAGAAAUUCAGUAACAGAACUUACCCUAACUUAAAAAUUUAAGAAGUUUCGAAAAAAAUCAAAAUGGUUUCAACAAGAUUAAUGUCUAACAAUGGCAGCAAUAGUAAUUGUAACACUAACAGCCCGGCGGAGCCUGCCACACCUUCUGUCGGAAUUGUAAAUGGAUCUUCCACUAGCGGAGGUGGUGGACCUUCCGGAUCCACAGUACCCCAAAUUCUUAAUCCCUUAGAGUUUGGGCCCGCUAAGUUUACUAGAAAUAGUGUUACAGCUAUGGCGGGAUAUAGUGGACCUGGUGGGGGACCUAGUACGUCUACAGGGUUGGGAGCUGUGCAAUGUGUCAGAGUGCAAAAUGUCCCAGUUCAGUCUAUAAAAUUCCUAGAUUUGCCUCAGGAGGUCAUUGAAAAAAUCCUUGGUUAUUUGUCUUUUAAGGAAAUUUGUAAAUUAAGACUGGUAUCGCGUCGUAUAGAUCAGAUCUGUGGCUAUAUCCUUAAUUCUACAUUUUCAAAACUACAAAACCAGAUGUUACAGCGUUUUCAGGAUAUCAAAAGUAAGAUGCCUCGGCGGGAGUCCGCCAGGCGUAGCCACUAUUUGGCUUGCGAAAGUGAUAUCGUCGAGACGCUUCAUAUGCGUUUAACGUUAUUACAAAUGUCGUUUGGCAAGCACAUUGAGAGGAAGCACAUUUGCUUUUUUCCUGGGGAAAUUUUGGAUGAGGUUUAUUCAAUUCUUCAUUAUAUUCGGACCACUCCUAGGCUUGAUUUGCCUUACAAAGUAACAGAUGAGCUCUUUGACUUGUCCACCAUGGCCAUGGAAUAUUUUAAAGAAAAAAUUGAGCCAAACUUGCCAGAAAUUGCCUAUUUCAGUACAGACUUUUUAGGUUUUUCCAGUAGUUUCACCAGCCCAAACUCUACUAAAUAUGGAUUAGAGUCUUCAAAUUUGUCGUCUGAUUCUUCCAAGGUAGAUCACAAUGAUCCUGAUGUCUUAGAUGGAGAAGAAUUUGUAGAGAUUCCCCAAUCCAAUAUGGUGUUACGCAAGCGUAUCCGUAAGAUUAAGCAGGGCAUGAAAAGAUAUAAUAACCAGUUGUCAGUGCUAAGGAAUGAAUUGAAAGUCUGUAAGAAGAAGACAGCCGAACAACAAAAGCAGAUCACCGAUCAGCAAAAGCAACUGGCUGAUCAACAGAAGCAGACAUUGGAAUAUGCAACAAGGUUGGACGACUACGAUAAGAAGAAUGAAGAAAUCUCUCGAAAGUUUAGUACACUUUUACAAGAACUGAACAAGUGCAAAACCGAACUCCAGUACUGGCGUUGCAAGUCUCCGGCCACUCCCACCGUAUGUACCUCGUGCGGUAGUCCGGUUAUUCCACAACCUGAGGAAUUACAAGCGUUAGUUAAUCAAGGAGUAAAUCCCGAGGGACUCGGUUUAGAUCCCUUACUAGAAUUAGCAGCGACGGCUCAAAAUCCAGCAGAACAGGGUACAAGCAAAAAUAUUGAUGAAGAGCCGGCCAAUAAAAUUAUAGAAAAUUUAAAAGAAUGCCAGAAUCCUAUAAAAGAUGUAGAGGCAGCUAAAAAGGCAGAAUCACCUCCUGGAUCCCCCGGUCCAGCCUCGCGCAGCGCCAAACGGAAAUCGUCGUCGGAGGAACGCGAGGAGGACCAACAACAGCCAAAGAAGAAAUCCAGGCGAUUGACGAAAGUACGCUCAAAGCGCAGUACCGCAAAAGUUUAGGUGUCCAUCAAGAACAAAGAAACAGAGAAUUAGAAAAGAUAGCAUCAGAAACGAAGUUAAUUACAAAAUAACCACAGACCUUAUCAACCCUCGUAGGUAAUUAAGGUUUAAUUGGAAACAUGAGUCGAGAUGUCUGAGCGCUCGCGCACUGUUUUUUAUAAAUUACACCCCUUCCACCAAGAAAAUGCUUCAGUUCAAUAGUAGAUGUGUAGUCGCCGUCGUCGCAAACAACAGUCUUAGACAAGACAUUUUACGUGAUCGGGAUUUUCUGUUGCUUUUCACAGUUUGCGCUUUGAAAAAGCAACAGGAAACCCCUUACAGAUAGUAUGUAGCCAGAUGAAUACGUAAUAUGUUAAGCGAGUAGGGUUUUCUUUAGAACUAUCAUUUCUUGCCCCGCGUAGCGUCCUUAACCUUUUUGGGAGGCAUUUAUUUUGCAUUACCAAGGACAUAGAACUGCUCAUACUGGAAAUCAAAAUACUAUAUCAAAAAAAAAAAUAGUUUGGUAGUUACAGUAGUCCUAGCCGUCUAGUCGUCGCUUUCCGAAAAGCUUUGGGACGAGACGACCGUUAAAUAUCAGGUUUUACAACUUUUAACGUCUAAAUAGGUAUAGCUUUUACCCAAAACCCAGCACGCAUUUCUCCAUAUUUUCAAACAUAGAUUGAUCAAUUAGGAUAUACAUGAUUUUUAUACAGCAAUCGGGGUCUGGUGAUAAGCGAUAGUAACAUUUCUGCUUUUCGUUUUACUUUCAGUUUUUAGUUAUAAGAGUUUGCAGUAAGGCACAUUAAAGGUUUUAAGUUAAUACAACUGCUAAUUACCCUCCUUCUUUGGUGGAUUUAAGGUCUUAUAUGUGGGGUGUAUUUGCAAAAUGCGACAUGUCCAAAAUAAGAGUUGUUUGAGAAAACUGAAGAAAAACUAUUUAACCCUUUCGCGUCGAUUGGGACAUGCUUGUCCCAUCAAAAAUUUGGUUUUGAAAAUGCGACUUUUUUUAUUUGUUAAACUUAAGCGUCUUUUAAUUUAUUUCUUUAUUAGUACCUACCGCAAUGACAAAAAUAGCUUAAGUUUAUUUUUUUAACGUAAGUAUAGUGUGAGCUAUAUAUGUCCCAGCCGUAUAUUUGUUUGGGUUUUAUAUGUCUCAAUAGUAAAAUAAACCCAGAUCAAGAAAAUCAUAUUAUUUAUUUUUUUCAAAGAAAUACAACAUUAUGAGUGAUAAGAUGAGAAACAUUCUUUACAUAGUGGUACGUCACAGGCGGAGCAUAACAUGACCGUCCUUUUUUCUACUUUUUGCUGGACACAACGACGGCAUCUUCUUCUGGUUUUUGAAAGGAUAGGUAGAUUUACCAUCUUUACCAGUCCUUGCAACCUCAACUACAUGAUCAGUAUGACAGUUACUCAGGACCAUUACUUCUUUAGUAUCCAUCCAAUUGAAUGCUAUUGUACCAUAAUUAUUGCAAAGACACUGCAUGUCUCCGCUUUUCACUGUCUUUUUAUCAAAUUGCUCAAAUUUCAGCAUAUUCUUUCGAGUGGCUAUGCAAGUUCGAACUUGAGGGAAAGGUAAAGUGUUCAUUAAAUUUACAGAAGUAAAAAAACGGUCAUAACAAAUAAGUACCUGGUUAUCUCUUAAAGUUUCUGUCAAUUUUUUUACUACUCGUUCACCUAGGGUGCCAUCAAGGGUACCUGGUUCUCUUCCAGAAUAAAUAUUAAAAUCAUAAACAUAACCCGUAUUAGAGUCGCAGCGUUCCCAAAUUUUUAUGCCUCUUUUGAUUGGUUUUAAUGGUAAGUAUUGUUUUAAUGAUGAACGACCUUUAAACUUUGUCAUAGACUCAUCUAUGGAUUGAAAUUUGCUUUCGGUUCUUGCUUUUGGGAACGUCGAUUUGAGGCACGCAACAAUAUCUUCAAUAUAAUAAGUUUUACUGGCGUUUAUUUGGCUUUUGUGGAUGGUUAAAAUACAGUUUACUAGCCACAAGUCUAAAUCUAUCUCUAGAGAUAGCUUCUUUUACAUCCUGGUUGCCCAAAGACUUAUGAAAGCCCAAUAGCUGCAUUUGGGGCGAUUUAUUAUAAUCGAUUAUAAAAAAACACCCUGUUAUAAUCAUUGUUUCGUGUGAAUCAGUUAGAAUUUGUUUCUUAUUUCGAACCUCUUUAAGAAUUUUAAGGCGCUCAUUGGUACACUAGGCAAUAUAAAUAAAUAAAGAAGGUGGCAUUAGUUUGAGAAAAAUAUCCAGCUCUGUACUUCCACGAUUGACCUGAGCUAUUAUUGUACAGUUGGCCUUUUCUGGGACCUUAUACCGGGAUGAAAAAUUAUCAAUUUCUUUCCAGAUCACAAUUGAUUUGUCAGCAGGAAAAGAGGCCGGAAUAUCAAGUUCGAUAUUUUCGUCCGAACUGUUAGAUGAAUCUGGGGAUUCAUAGGCACCAUCUGGAUUGAAAGAUGGCGUUGAUGGUUCAUUAGAAUCAAUUUUCAUUUUUUUGUUUUUAUUUAUCGCAUUUUUUUUGUUCUUGCGUUUUUUACUAACCUCAAGAAAAUCGGAAUCAUCACUGGAAUCCGUUUCUUCCUGCUCGUAUUCGGAUCCACUGCUCUUAAAGGGGCCUUCCUCUUCAUCUGAUGAUAAACCUGCUUCUGCUAAAGCCUCUAGUUCUCUUUGCGUUAAACGUUUCCUAAAAAAGAGUUUUAUAUAAAAAAUGCUGAUGGGACGAUAAUAAACCGAAGUAAAAGUCGGUGGGACAUAUGUGUCCCACAAGAAUUUCCUAAUUUACACGUAAAAUAUAAACACUUAACUUUAACAAAUAAUUUUAAAAACCUAGACAUAUUCGAAAAAAUAUCCGUAAUUAUUUUAAGCUGUAUAACACGAUGUUUGCUAAAUUUGAGGCAAAAACAAUAGCACGCUGUCGGUUAAAUGACUGUACUACAACCUAUUCUAAAACAUUUAACUGCGCUGCUUGAAUAUUUUGUUGACAAGCAUUGCUGAAUGCAGAUGGGACAUCGGGCUAUAUAAAAAUCAUUGCAUAAUGUACCAUCAGUAUUUUUUGAAAGUUGGAUGGGACAUAUAUGACCCAACAGUAAUUGCAGGCUAUUAAUUUGCAAAAUAAAGUCGACGCGAAAGGGUUAAGGUAGUGGAGGCAUAUAUGGCCCACCUUAAGGUUUUUAUUCAUUAAAAAAAUCUACAAAAUUAAAAAAAUAUAAAUUUACAGUUAAUGAAAGAUCUACAGUUGUGGACAAAAUAAUAGCAGUAUGUGCACAACGAAAAGAAAAAUGAAUUUUUAUUGAGAAUUUAUAAGUAAAGCAAAUACAUAACAGUAAAAAAGAAAUUUAUGUAUUUGUAUACUAAAAAAUGAAAAAAAUAUAUCUCUUCUAUGGUCAUAAUAAUAGCAGUGUUCGAAGAAAAAAUAAUAAUUAGAAACAACUAUUUUAGAAAAAUCAAAAAAAGUGCAUUUACAAUUUAUAUAACACUUUAAUAAUUUAUGGUAAAGCCUUUGUUUCCAAUUAUUGGUUCACAUCGUCGUGGCAUAGAGUUUACAACAUCUCGAUAACGGGAUGCUAUGCCAGGAAUUGCUAAUAACUGUCCAGAGUUCUUCUUGAUUUUUCACGUGACACAGCAUCCUUAAUGUUUCCCCACAAAUUCUCGAUGGGAUUGAGAUCUGGACUCUGCGCAGGCUAUUCUAGUAUACUAAUGUUGUGGUCAAUUAAAAAUUGUUAACAGAAACAGCUGAUAUGUUUCGGAUCAUUAUCAUGCAUGAAUACCCCUUGAAGGGACAUUUUAUAUUCUGCAAAAGGUAGCAUAAUCUUCCGUAAAAUAUCGACGUAAAUAUGAGAUGUCAUAAUAUUUUUUAUACAAUAUAUUGGUCCUACCCCAUAAUAUGAAAAACUGGCCUAUACGAUAAUUUUAGAACCACCGUGCUUAAUCGUCUUAAUGGUGUAUUUAGGUUGAUAGGCGGUAUUCAAAGGGCCUCUAAAGUAUGUUCUUCGUCCUUUAUUACCAAACAAAACUAUUUUGCUUCCAUCGGACUACGCUAAAUAUUCCUUUGCAAAUGUUAUUCUGUUCUUAAUUUGUCUUUUAUUCAAUAAUGACUCUUUUCGUGGGCUUCUGGCAAACAAAUUAGCCGACGCCUUAUAGUUUGACUGGAAACAUCCAGUCUAGAUGUUCCAGGGUUUUUCUUUGAGGCUCGAAUUAAAAGUUUUUCCUGUCUAUUUGUAGUUUUGCGUUUACGACCACGGGUUUUCUGCUUUGCGCUGCCAUCUUAAAGCUUUUUCUACUAUUUUAGCUGAACUUUCCAUUAUUCCUUGUAUUUGGGAAUAUGAUUUUCCCUGAGCGCGUAGUUUUUUUAUUAUUUCACGCUUUUCUUGAGAACAAUGCUUAUUUCUAUAUUUCUAAAAAAAGUUAAGAGCUCGGAAAUGAAUAGAUUAAACUUCAGCUCCUAGAUAUAUGAAAAAAUCUAUUAUACCUCAAGUAAAUUAUUAUAUUCAAAAAUCAUUAUAGAUUUGAGUUCAUAUUUCUUUUAAAUACGUGAAUAAGUGUAUUUUCUUCUUCUUUUCAAUUUUUGAGCAUGUGAGAUAGUAGGUAUUUUGUAAAUUGAUUUUUGCUAUAAGUGACGACGUAAUACCCAAUAAAAUAAGUAACUUAUUAUGAACUCGUCACAAGAAUACAGAUUUUAUUUGCAAAUAUACGCCACAUAUGUUAGUUUACUUUCAAAAGUUGUUACUAUAUUAGGAACAACGCUAUUACAUCGAACUUGGAAAGUGAUCGUCUUUAUAUGUUAAAACCAACCUUUACUUAGUCUAAUUAAUCCUUACCACAGACAAGUUUGGAUUCUCGCAUUGCUUUAAUUUAAAAAAAUAAUUUGAAAACGUCUUACCUUAACAUCUUAUGACUUGACUAAAACGUUAUGUUUUGUACAGCUUUAAAGUGGUAAAUUAAAAACUAUAGAGCUACUAACAAAUCAAAUACACUUCUGUCUACACACUUCAAAUCUGUUUAUCUUUUAGCUACAGAGUUGUUUUAAUUAUUCAAAGCUCAGUUUAAAAAAGAACUAAAAACCAAAGAGCAUGUUCAAUAAUAAAUAGUCUAAGCAGCAAGGCAUUAAGAACGUUUAUCGCCAGACCCUGUACAUAUCUACUUACCAAAAUAUUUAGUUAAUAAAGAAAUAACCCAGUUACCCAGUACAGUAUGAAAAAUAUUUAUUGUUGUAGUAGGACUUUUUGUUGUACAGUAUACAUUAAAGUACUUGAUGGACAAGUUUAUGUUUUUUUUUUGUCAUAGUCAUUUGUCAGGUAUUCAUUUCAAGAGAAAAUGUCCUUUUUGUAUUUUGUGCCAUUUAUGAAUCUACGCCUAUCAUGAGAUGUUUUACUACAUUUACAAAAAAAAGACAUUUUUUAUUUAAUAAUUUAAUUUGCCUCGAAAACCAUUUUACCUGAAGAUAAUACGAAACUAUGCAAAAUCCGGCCAAAGUAUAUCAUAGUAAAGCUUCGGUAAAGACCAGUAUUUUGUUUAAAUUAUAUCUAAAAGCAAUUAUUGUCAAUCUUUAGUUACUAUAUUUCAGUAUCUCAAGUAAAACUGGAUUGACCAUGAAUACUAACUAGUGCCCCAGUGUACGAUUUUUUUUUUCAGUCUAAUUCAAUUUAUUCCUGUAUUAUACAAAAUGAUACGGUCUUUACCGCAGUUCCCUUCUCACUUUCCAUUAUCCUAAAAAAAAAAACGAAACUCCCGGACGAUAAUGUCAAUGAUAUUGGUUCAUUCGUCCAAUUUGCAAGAAACCCAGAUACGCAAAAUCGAAUUGUAAACAGAACUUUGUUUAUAUAUAAGGGUAUCUAAUAACUGUAAGAGAAUGUAUUUAAUUUUAAUAAAGUAGAUUGGUACGAUAACAAUGAUUAAUAAAAAAUCAGCUUUAAAUAUUUGCAAGAGGGAGAGAGAGACAGAUAAUAUUCACACGGUAUGAACAAGAUCACCCUGUAUAUUUUUUAAUUCUAAUUAUUAUUUUAUCUUGUUUGUCUGUUGUGGCGCAGUAGUAGUUUUAUAGUGAUGGUUUGUAAGUUGCGAUAAGAUUUUUAACAUUUAGUGAUAUGUCAAUUCCAUUUUAGACGUUAAUGGAAUGGUUGGAAUAUACAUUAAUUUCCAUUUAUUAUUAACAUUAACUUGUAACACUAAAUUUAAUAACAACUGUUAGGAAAGUUGAGAAUCUUGUCUUAUAGCAACUGUAUGAAUAUUUAGAGCCUUCAAUGUUUUGAAUCUUAGCGGUAAUGUGUAAUCCGGAAGUUGGUGCCGUGCAAAGCGAUUGUCGGACUGUUUUACUUGCAAGCACAAAUGUGGUUUUAGACUUAUGUAACGGGGUAUAAGUCUCGUUGAUUUUUUUUGUCGAAAUUGACCCAUUUCUCUACUAUUGACGACCAUUUUUUCUUUUGUUAUUAACCGAAAUCAACUACCUCUCGGCUUUCGAAGCAAACAAAAAUCAACGAGCGAAUAGAGUAUGUAGGAUCUCUUUCAUCUUGAUAUACGGUUUAUUUUGUUAGGCUUAAUGAUAAUAAUUUUCCAGUUAGAAAGUUCGGUUGGACGAUUCGCCAGAUUUAUUACUAGACAAUUUUUAUUAUGUAAACUUAAGUACCUAAUUUAGUAUGUAAUAUAACUUCAGAUUUAUUAUGUAAAGUCUCUAUGGUAGUUUUUAUUUUGCCUUAAAUUGUAUAUUUAAACGAAUUAUUAGCAGGCUUUUGCAUACCUUUAGGAUGUUUAAACUUCUAAAUUACCAUUUAUUAUUCCCAAGAGCCUAAUUGAAUAAAAUUACUAAUUUUUAUGUCUGGUAUCGACAAUCGGUAACAAAAGGAACAAUGAUAGGCCAGUCAACAUUGCAUAUAUCAGCUUUUAACUUUAAAUCUGCAAUUUUAUCCUAAAUGUAUGCCUAGGCUUUAUUCCUAACUUCAUGUAUUUCCGGAGGUCGAUUUAAAUACCUAUUUGCGUUUAAAACACAAAAUUCUGUAUUUUUUCACAUUCGGGGUGAAAAUCAACAAUUGUUAUAAAAAAAUACAUUAUCAAACCAUCGCACCUCUGAAAAGCUUUAGGAUUGAUCAAGUUAGUGCAAUAUAAAAUUAUUUUAAAUUAUUACAUUUGUAUAAAUUUUGUUUCUAAGACUUCCUAACUGAAGAGCUUUUCGAACGUGGCAUAGCAAAAACUAUAGGUUAAUACUUUGGAUAAAAAUAAAUUAACUCAUGUUGCGGACCAUAAAAGAAUGUUCAAAAAUCGAAUUAAAUUCUAAAAAUAAAAGCUUUAAAUGACAGAAAUGUUUUACAGGUUUUGCCUCGGACAACCAAAGGAAAUACAUAAACUAUCUGCGAUGUGAAUCUUGUUCUUAUAAAAAUCAUUUAAGUUUUAGGUAAAGUUCCAAAUUUUUUUCCUCCGAUGGCCCCUUUGUCGUUAUUUUGUAUAAAAUUCGUUUUUAAGUUAAAUAAUCGGGUAUGAAAAUAGUUAGUUUUUUUUUGGAGGCGGGGGCCUACCCGAGGAAUAAAUUGAGAGGAAUUCCUGACGUCUAUCUUCUGUUAAAUAAAAGUGUCCUUUUUCGUUUAAAUAUUUGACAAUUAGCCGUAGGAGUGAUAGAUCAUUAUAUUUAAAAAAUUGAAAAAAAAUCACAAAAAAAUAUAUUUUAAAAUUAAAUGUACAAUGUACUCAAUAUAUUUUAUUUACUUAAUAAAUUAUUUGUGUGAA